GGGUCAAGGUCAUGGGGUCAUUGUCAUUGAGUAAAUGGCAACGCAGGCAAACUAGAUUGCAGGUACCCGGCGUGUAAUAUAUUGCAAAGACGAAGUUGUCGAUUGAAAAUUUUAAUCGCCUCUUGCGAGUCUGUAGGACUUAGUUAUAGAAAAUGUCGCUAACUGCACAAAAAGUUGGCACUAAGCCCUAUGAUGACCAGAAACCAGGAACAAGUGGACUUAGGAAAGCUGUCAAAGUUUACCAGAAUCAACCAAACUACACCGAAAAUUUCAUCCAAGCUACCCUCAUAGCAGGUGUUGGUGACAGACUAAAGGGAAGCACUCUAGUUGUCGGCGGUGAUGGAAGAUUCUAUGGCAAAGAAGCAACUGAACUUAUCAUCAGAAUGUGUGCUGCAAAUGGGGUGUCCAAGUUGUUGAUAGGUCAGAAUGGCCUGUUGUCUACACCAGCAGUUUCCUACCUCAUCCGUAAAUACCAGACGCAGGGAGGAAUCAUCCUGACUGCAAGUCACAACCCCGGGGGCCCAGAUGGAGACUUCGGCAUCAAGUUCAACACACCUAAUGGAGGUCCAGCUCCUGAGGCAAUAACAAAUAGAAUCUUUGAAAUCACAAAAUCCAUCUCAGAGUACCUGACAUGUCCAGCCUUGCAGGCAGACAUCUCUACAAUAGGCACCCAGACGUUCCAGGUGGAUGGCGCCACCUUCACUGUUGAAAUACUAGACUCUGUCGCUGACUAUGUCACGUAUAUGAAAGAGAUCUUCAACUUUGAAUCCAUCAAGACCAUCGUGGCAGAAGGCGCAGUAACACCAUUGAAGAUCCUCAUCAAUGCUAUGCAUGGAGUAACUGGUCCCUAUGUGAGGCGGAUAUUUGUGGAUGAGCUCGGUGCGCCAGAAUCCAGCAUCAUCAACUGUGUCCCACUGCAAGACUUUGGAGGUCAUCACCCUGACCCUAACUUGACCUAUGCUGCUGACCUGGUGAAGGAGCUCCAGAAAGGACAGCAUGGUUUCGGUGCAGCGUUCGAUGGAGAUGGGGACAGGAACAUGAUCCUGGGACACAAUGCAUUCUUCGUGACGCCGUGUGACUCGCUCGCGAUCCUGGCCCAAAACCUGGAUUGUAUCCCAUACUUCCAGAAGACUGGGGUCAAAGGUUAUGCCAGGAGCAUGCCCACAAGUGGAGCAGUUGACAGAGUUGCAAAGUCGACGGGGAAGGAGUGUUUUGAGGUUCCGACUGGCUGGAAGUUUUUUGGUAACCUGAUGGAUGCUGGGAGGCUGUCCCUGUGUGGAGAGGAGAGCUUCGGUACAGGGUCAGAUCACAUCAGGGAGAAGGAUGGUGUGUGGGCGGUGCUGGCAUGGCUGUCUAUACUGGCUCACACCAACAAGUCCGUGGAAGACCUGCUCAUGGAUCACUGGAAUAAGUUUGGCAGGAACUUCUUUACGAGACAUGACUUUGAGAACGUCGACACUGCCCCAGCCAAUGAGAUGAUGGCAAAUCUGAAUGCACUCAUAGCUGACCCAGCCCUUGUGGGGAAGCAGUACAGCUCGGGGGACAAGACGUAUACAGUCGCUGUGGCAGACAACUUCUCCUACACCGACCCCAUCGACAACAGCGUCACUAAAGGCCAGGGUGUGAGACUUAUCAUGUCCGAUGAUUCCCGUGUCAUAUUCCGACUGAGCGGCACAGGAAGUAGUGGUGCCACCAUCAGGCUGUACAUUGAAGGAUACGAAUCUGACCCAGCCAAGUACGGCCUGGAUUCCCAGGUUGUCCUGAAGCCAUUAAUUGAUAUAGCUCUACAAGUAUCUCAGCUGCAAGAACUCACAGGGAGAACGGCGCCAACAGUCAUCACUUGAGACCUUGUUGUCUUGACAACUAGUCCUGUAUUGUUAAGGCUUAAGAGGUUCUCCUAUCCAUGGUGUUUUGCAAUCAUAGUACCAUCAUAUAGCACAAAGAAAUCCAUAUACAAACUUCCACCAGGGUUUGCUAACAGGCUUUGCUAACAGGGUUUGCCAACACGCUUCGCUAACAAACAUAAAACUACUUCAGGAUCACAAAACCAAUUGUUACUAUUCUAAUAAUGAAAAAAACAUAUACCGGGUAUGCUUCCACAUGCUUAUCUCUCUUGCUGCCAAAACAUAUAUUUUCAGUUAGACGUGAACUCUAUUAUGGUGCAAUUAUUCAUCAGAAAUGAAUAGCUCAACUGCCAAAUAUGGUUGCUGAAGGGUCAGUAAUUUAUAGAUGGAAAAAAUGUUUAUGCUCCUUUUUUAAAUAAGCUUAUGUGAAUUGUUCUAAUUUUGCAUAUUAGGUACUUCUCAAGAGAAGUUAAAAAAACUUGAUUCUUCAUAUUACAAUGGCAGGAAAGAUUAACUAUAGUACCGGUAAUGGUAAAGAAUCGGGUGUUCUCUAACUUCUGUUGUGUAGUAUAUUUUACCUCAAGAACUGUGUUCACAAAGGACUUUGCUGUACCUGCUUUACCUCAACAGCUGUUAUCUCAAAGGAAAUGAUACACAAGGUGAUUAGAUACCAUGAUUAGAUACCAUGAUUAGAUACCAUGACUGCCAAAACUUUGUUGUAUGAUUUUGUUGCUUUUCUUUUCAGCAAGCGUCUAGUUUGUCUUUGUGCAUCAGCAUUGUUGACUUUUUUUCUUACCAUAUUUGUUCAUUCCUUAGUCUACUGCAAUAGUAUUUUUAUAGGGAGUAGGGCUGUCUCUUGAAGUCUGUAUCAUGUUUAUGCUCAAUUGUUGUUAAUAUGGGUAUUGUCAGUGAGGAAGAGAAGGGUAUAUUAUAUUUAGGUGAAUGGAUCGCAGAACUCUAAGUACGAAGCAUUACCUAGACAUUUACCUUCAAACAGUAAAACAAAGUACUUACCGUAUUCGACGUAAUAAGCGCCCACGGCGCUCUCAAAAAUAGAAAAUGGGGGCUCUCAUUAGAAUCUUAUUUUGGUGGAAAAAACAGAGUUGAAAGAUAAACUGUUUAUAUACGACAGAU